UUCUCGGCGCCGGCGUGGUGUGACGGCCCUGGAAUGUGUCAGCGCUACUGAGAGUAAAAUGCUGCGUUUGCGAUGCAAGGCGAAGAAUGGAACCCACCUGAUGCAAGGGCUGACCUCAUCAUCCAGUGUCCAAGAGCUGAAAGAUAAAGUGGAAGAGCUAACAGGGGUUCCAUGUGCUCUGCAGAAAAUUAUGGUGGGAUAUCCUCCAUGCUGCCUGGAUCUCCACAAUGGAGAACUGGCUCUCAAGGAUUGUCCUAUCAAAUCUGGAGAUACUUUGAUUGUGGAGGAGGAACGGGAUGUAGUGAAAACCAAAGCUUCCGCCUCAAAGCUUGGUGUGGAAAGCUCAGAUACGAGUACUUUUCCGCACCUGACUCGACAUGUUGUCCCUGCAGACAACUCCUGCCUCUUCACAAGUAUCCACUAUGUGGUAGAAGGAGGUGUCUGUGAACCAAACUGUGCCCCAGAAAUGCGAAACCUGAUCGCCCAGAUCGUGGCAAGUGACCCCCACUCGUACACAGAAGCGGUACUGGGAAAGAGUAAUUGGGAAUACUGUAAUUGGAUUUGCCGGAGUGACACAUGGGGAGGGGCCAUUGAGAUCUCCAUUCUAUCCAAAUUUUACCGGUGCGAGAUCUGUGUCGUGGAUACACAGACAGUACGAAUCGACAGGUUUGGAGAGGACGUCAGCUACACGAAGCGGGUGCUUCUGAUUUACGACGGGAUUCACUACGACCCGUUGGAACGGCGGUUUGAGGACCCCGAGACCCCAUCGCAAACCAUCUUCUCCACGGCGGAUGAUGUUGUACUCGCUCAGGCACUGGAGCUGGGCGAUGAGGCUAGAAGAAAACGGCAGUUCACCGAUCUGAACAGAUUCACACUGCGUUGCGUAGUCUGCCAGAAGGGCCUGGUGGGUCAGGUAGAAGCUAGGGAGCAUGCUAAAGAGACGGGGCACACCAACUUCGGAGAGGUGUGAUGUUCAGAAAAUUACUUACCUCACGCUCCUGGAAUGCACUGGAAUAUUUCUUUUAGGAACAAAAUGGAAUUAUAUGGAUCUUUUAAACCCUGGUUUGAUUAGUUGUGAGCUGAUCAAAUUGCUGGUUGGUUGAAAAGGUUAGUUCUCAUUGUUAAACUGCUGUUUACAUAGUAGGAAUUGAUUUUGCCUGAUUAUUCCAAUCUAUUAUUAUACACCUUUCAUUGCAUAUUAAAAUAUUACUGCCUCAGGUUUUCCCCAUUAAGUGUAUUAACUAAUGGAGAGAUUUAGUUGCCAGAAAAAUAUGUCAGUGGUUUCUCCAGACUUUGAUUGUUCCCGAUUAAAUUCACAGGAAUGAGCCAAACUGAAAACCUCCUUACUGCAAAACAUUCAACUGAAGAAAGUACAUGUAAACUUUUUGGUGUGAAUACUAAUUCCUAUAGGUUCAUCAUUCCACUGUUGGGGGGGGGCGGUGGGCGAGGGUAAGAACACGGUUGCCUGUUUAGUGAUUUAACAAGUUUUUAGUGGUCAGUUCUUCAGAAUAACAUCCUGAGCUACCACUUUCAUUUCUAGCCCGUGUUGAUGGCCUGAAAUAUUUUUUAAUUGUUUUGCUGAGUUACCAUUUAUUGCAGGGAUUUCUAACCUGGGGUCCACGGACCCCCCGGUUAGUGGUAGGGACAUAAGAAAGGUUGCGAGCCCCUCAUUUAUUGUAUAAAUGCCUAGUAACCCACUUUCCCAGCCAAAGGGAAGUUUCACUGAAUAGCCCAAGGCAACUCUAAGAUCAGGAAUCCCUACCCUUUAUAGAAGUAGUAAUGGCAUAUUGUAUCCGGGACUAAGCUACACACUCAACCAAAGUAUUUCACAAGUGAGAUCUUGAGGAAUGUUCACUGGAUAUCUUUGCCUCCCUAAAAAUUCGAAAGCUGUUACAGCAUCAAAUUGUUACUUGAAAGGCAAAGAUUUGGUUCUUAGAUGAUUGUGUAAACAGACAAGGAGGCAGCCCUAUUGGUGAUGCAGCUUCCUAACAAGAUAUCCAAGACAGACUCAGUUCAGGUGCAGUUAAUAAAUUUGAAUUCUGAGGAAACAACCUUCCUAUAAUUUUCAGAUAUGAAACUUUGCAAUUCCUCCACUAGCACGUGGAGAAUCGUUACUUGAUCUCAGUUACACUGUCAACGGGUGGAUCUGUGAGUGUCCUAGUCCAAAGCUUUCCCAGUAAACAACUUUUGGAUAAUCAAAUCCUUGAUAGUGCCUCUUAACAUUGACUCAGUGCACUGCAUAAGAAUUGAUGGUUUUUCAAAGUCAAACUUAAUUCAAAUCUACUCAUCUUAAUUGAAUGACACAAUUAAAAUCGUGGUCCCCUGUUUUAACCAUUUAUCUGAAAAUGGCUUCUAUCCAGUCAAAAUUGUGACAGAAUUAGGGUUAUUUUGUAUGUGAAUCACUUGUAGACAUUAGUAAAGAAAUUGUUUUGGAAAGCUGAUCUUUAAAGAUGACAUUGAUCUUUGAAGAUGACUUUAUAUUUAAUUGAUGUUAAAUUUAUUUAUGCAAGUAUUCAUUUUGUAGCAGGCCUAAACUGCUUUAGUCACAAUCAUUUUAUGUGCCACAUGUUUUUAUCAGACAUACAUAUGUAAAUGUUUUAGAUUUUUUCUAAUGUAUCUGUAAUUUAUUUAAAGAUGAAAACAUUUUAAAUAGUGAAAAAAAUGGAGUUUUUGGUGCUAUUAUCAGAAGGAAGCCAUUUUUAAAAAAUUUCUAAAGCUCUGUUUAGAAUUUUUCAGGAUUGAGUCAACUGCAAAUGAACAAUGUUCAGAUGUGAAAGCUCAGCUAACAAAUAUUACGAGUAGCAACUUGAUUUCGUUAUUGGCCCAGCAUGUGGAUGAUGCCUUUGGGUUAUUGUUUUCAGCUAAUUCUAAUAAUUUAAGCAAAAUCCUGUUACAGAUUAUUAUCUGAGUGUGUGGAUAUGCCAAAUUUUGUACCACAAGGUUAUUAUUGUAGUUGUUCAAUAUAAGGUAAUGUUAGGAAACAACUCAGCUUAUUCCAGAAACCAUCAAGUGCGUGCACCCUUUGCUUCUCUGUUACGUUGGGUGCAAAGUAAUGAUCUCUGUGGCAGCAAUGUGCCUUACACCCAACUCUGAAACCAAUAUUGUACAACAUCUCCAAAGAACGUGGUAUUUUGCUAUAUUUCAAGUGCUUUUUCCUUCGCAGAUCAUUUGGGACUAAUUUCACAUCACAAGUGUCUCUGGUUGCCAGUGUGAGCUAGAGGUCAAGAGUCUAGUUUUAAUCCUUGCCAGUAGUACUUCUGCAGGAUAAGCUGUCCCCCUCAAAUAUUCCUCUGUACGAGUUCACUACCAAUAAGUGAGUCCCAUAGUGUCAUUGCUGUUCAAUCUAAAGGUAAUUUCCUUUCAAAUCUUCCUGAACAGAUUACGUUACUAACCCUUGUUUAAAUGCUUUUUUUUGGGCAGUCUCUUGUAAUUUUAGAUAAACGCAUGCACUUGAAAGAGGAUUCUCCUUGUUCUGCCUUUGGCAAAUAAUUGCACUACUGCUAUGUGCCUGCAGGUGGCAUCUCAACCUAAGAGAUGCAGCAAUCAUUGGUUAAUGCACCAUCAGUAUGGUUCAUGGCUAGAUCAUGAAGGGGACAUUUCUAUAUUCUUGUUGCUAAAAGAUUUUUAAAAGAGUUUGUGUCUAUACUCAUUAACUAAUAUCAUGUAGCUAUUUGCUUGAGUUAUUGUCGAGUUAUUUCUAUAAUUCCUCGUCACUGAAAUUUAUUAGGAAUAUAGCAGAAGGCCUUUCAGCCCAUCUAGUUGAAUGAUCCUAGUGAUCCAAAUUCAGUUCCAUGAACCUGCUUUCUUCCCAUAUCCUUUGAUUUAUUUAACCAUUACUAUUUCUCCUUGAAGAUAUUUCAGUAAUUGGUCUCAACUGCCUUCUCUGGUGCAGAAUUCCACAGGUUCACCACUCAAGGGUGUGGAUAUUUCUCCUCAUCUGAGUCCUACAUGACUUGUCCCUUCUCGUUAGAGCCCCUUGAGAUGACACCCUUGUCCUUGGGCUGUGACCGUGAACCCUCCCACCAUCAGGAACAUCCUGCAUCUGGUCUAUCCAGAACUGUUAAAAAUGUCAGAAUCAGGUUGAUUAUCACUGACAUAUGCUGUGAAAUUUUUUUGUUUUGUGACAGCAGUACAAUGCAAGACAUGAAAUAUAUCACAAAUUACAAUAAGAAAUCAAAAAGAGAGAGAAAUAUUAAUGGUAGUGUUCACGGACCAUUCAGAAAUCUGAUGGCAGAGGGGAAGAAAAUGUUCCUAAAAUGUUGAGUGUGGCUCUUAGGGCUCCUGUGCCUUCUCCCUGGUGGUAGUAAUAAGAAGUGGUGGGGUCCUUUAUGAUGGAUGCUGUCUUUUUGAGGCUUCACCUUUUGAAGAUGUCCUCAAUGCCAGGGAGGCCGUUGCCCAUCAUGGAACGAGCUGAGUUUACAACCCUCUGCAGCUUUUACCGAUUCUUUACAUUAGCCCCUGAAAACCAGACAGUGAUGCAACCAGUUAGAAUGCUCACCACAGUACAUCUGCAGAAAUUUUCUAGUCUUGGGUGACAUGGACGCCAUGUCGCUGAACACUAGCAAGUGUGUAGGUUUCUAUGAGUUCAUUCCAAACUCUACAAAAGAGCCCUAACCAAUCCCAUCACUGCAGGCUUGUUGAGGCAUAAUCUGAGUAUACAUACUAGUGAAAAAGCAAAGAAUGAAUUCUGAUAAAAUAUUCGGUGUCCUUGUCAGAGAUUACAUACGGAAACAUUUAGAAGCAAACCAUUGCAGUUUUUGUACUGUUUUUGUUUGCUUCACAGCCCACCCUAUACAUUUCCUAUGUUUAUAGCCUCUCAGUAGAAGAUUUAGAUUGCUUUUGGGGCCCAGUGUAAACACAAGCAUUAUGUAAACUCAAAAGGGGAAUUGGAUAAGCAGUUCAGGAAAAAUAAUCUGCAAGUCUUCAGGGAACAAAUGGUAGAACGUCUCCUCAAAGAGCUAGCAUGGAAUUGAUGGGCAGAAAUGUGCUAUGACAGGUCUGUAAUUUAUGAAAGGGUGUUAGAGAGAAUCAAUAAAAUGUGACAGACUUCUGAUGACAUGAAUGUUGAGAGCAGUGUCUUACAAAAGCUGGUAAAGUAAAAAUACGCUCCUAUUCAAAAGAGAAAAGGUAGAUUUAACUAUCUAUCAUAAAAAUACCUUGUAACAUAGAUUAUUGUACUACAUUCAUUUGAUCAGUAUUUUAAAAUAAGCUUCAAUGACCUAUGGUUGGGUUGAGUUAUUCUCUAAGCUUUACUUUUUGCAGUUUACUUGCAAACAUUUCAUCACCUUGCAAGGCAACAUUGUCAGUGCGCUGUUGACUGUGGUGUGUCCUCCGAAUGCUUGGCCUUUAUAUACUUUUAAAUCAGCUGAUUGGCUGAGUGGUGAACUUUGUGCAUUGUGGUCAGGAAUUUUGCCUGCAUCAGCUCGUAUAUAGGACCGAAGUCUGCAUGUUUUACAGAAAUGUUUGUGGAAAACCACGCUUCUAAGCAUUCUCUUGCAUGCCAUGUGUUCACUUCUGCUAUGACUUUCACUGAUGCCCAGUUGAAUUUCUGCCCUUGAUCUUCAUGGGUAGAGACUAGGGAGAGUGGCCACGCUGCUUAAACCCAAUUGAUGUUCAUGGAUCUUUGUGGAUAGUUUUCUCCCAGUCUGGCCAACGUAAUAUUUGUUGCAGUCUCCGCAUUGGGUUUUGUCAUUGUAUACUGGACUGAUUUUGAUUACACUUCUACAUUUCUAGAGCUAAAAUUAAGUGCUGGAUCAUGUAAAAUGUAUGGUUAAACACAAAAGAUUGUCCUCAUGCUGGAAAUCUUGAGCAACACACAUAAAAUACUGGAGAACCUCAGCAGGUCAGGCAGCAUCUAUAGAUUUCUGCAACUUCUGGUAACUUCUCCCCAUCACCCUUCUUCCUUUUCCAUUCCACAUUCUCGCUCCCCUCUUUUACCCCUUCCCCCCACCCUGCCCAUCACCUCCUCCUUCCCUUUCUCCCAUAGUCCACUUUCUUCUCCUAUCAGAUUAUUUCUUCUUCAGCCCUUUACCUCUUCCACCCACCCCCUCCCAGCUUCUCACUUCCCUCCCCCACCCACCUCCGCCUUCACCUGUCACCUGCCAGUUUGUACUCUGCCCCCACCUUAUUCUGGCUUCUACCCCCUUCCUUACCAGUCCUGAUGAAUGUCUUGGCCUGAAAUGUUGACUGUUUAUUCCCCAUCAUCGAUGCUGCCUGACCUACUGAGUUCUGCCAGCAUUUUGUGUGUGUCUGUGUGGUUAAAUGUUUGUUAAGGCAGCUAUGAAACAUAACCGGGUUGGCAUGUGUUUUAUAAGCCCUUGGAAAUAUUACAGGCUGGCAGCACUUAUUCAAGAUUGUCCCAUUGUGCUAUUUACAGAAGCAUUCCAUAUUCUCAAAAUUCAGGUUCGGCAGAAAUAUUGUUGAGGAGUUGACAACAAAAUGCACCUGCCAGACCCGCUUUCUACGUUAUACAUUACAGCUAUGAAAUGCUGUGAUGAAUCAUUUUUGACAGCAGUUUAGAACAGCUGUGUAUAUCUGCUACUUGGCCCAAAUCUUAGAGAACAAUCUCUGUAGAAUUGGACCAAUGGUGAUAGGAUAUCGGUUGUGCACAGAUUUUAAUUUUACCCACUUCAAUGCAAGAGGAAAAGUGUACAGGCUAACCCAUUGGAGUCCAUGUCGCAGAGCUCAGCCAGACUCAGGCUGUCUGGGCUGGCCGUUGCAUCUUUUAAAACCAUCGAUACCACUCGAAUUCUCAUUAGAAUUAACAUCAUCUCCCUGUCAACACAGGCAGAAUCUACUAAUAUCGGCCUUGUGGGUGACAGCAAACUGAGAAUUAAAAUGGAACUGUAGUUCCUCAACAUUAAAGGGACAUCUUAUGUCUGCAAGGCCCUGCAAAUUAAUUCUCCAGCUAACACCCUUCUAUUAUUUUUAUACUUCUCUUGAACUCUUAAAAACACUUUUUGUUGUGAAUCUUCUCCUGGUAUUAGAGUUGAUUUAAAUCUUUGUUUCUUGGUUUUUAAAUUGUCUCUUUUAAAUUUUUUAUCCUUAGCAAAAAGAAGUCUCAUGACUUUCUCUAAAAUCCUAAAAGUUGUAACCUUGGCCCAAGGAUCUCCUCUGAAUAGAAGAACAUCUAACCCCUACUAAAACUUUAAAAUCACCAUUACAUAAAAUAAGGGUAUUAAGAUUAUUGUGUGGAUGGGGCUGUGUCCAACACUGACAGGCCAGUGUGGGAAAGUUUUUAAAGUGGAAAGCCAUUGCACCGGGGCAGUUCCACUCACUCGACCUCAGGAGUCCAAGUCCAACGGUACGAACAACUGUCACAAACUGGGACCUUGGUUACAGUGGAUGACCAUGACGUCUUCAUGCCCUUCGCUCUCCACAGAAUGUUCCUGACUGUUGGAUUUCACUAGACCUCAUCCGUCCAGUCCUCCAGAGCUGAUUCCACAUGCCAGGAUAGGCAUGUCCCUAACUCACUGGGGUAUGAGGCUGCUGGUUGCCCUCACCUGGUUUAGCCCACUUGUCGAAGCAAUGUGCCAGGAUGUGGCUGCUGUCACAUGUAGACAGCUACUUGGAACUACAGGUGAGAACUGAGUGUCUGGUCAGGACCAAAGGUGAAUGAGCUGCCCCAGAAUGACAUGACAAGUCAUUUCACCAGAGGUGCAACCCCUCCCUGGACACCACAUAUACCCCAAGAUUAUUAUCUGAACCAUGACUAAAACCUACAGUAUCCUGUACAACACUUUUGCACGUAAUCUUUAUUACUGAUGGGCAUAUUUUCUUAACACGUGCAUUUCUUUUGAAAUUUUGUAGAUUAACAUAAAUGUAGUUUGUCUUUUAUUAGAUGUUUGCUGUUGAUCUUCAAGCCAGUUCACCAGCAAUCAAGGCAUUAACGUUUUUCUUGCCAGCAAACCCUUGCUCCAAGACCAGGGGCAAGUUUAGCUUUUCCUCUGACCAAACUAAUGGAUUCCUACUUUCCUUCUGGACUUCUGCUCCACUGGAAGAGAUUAGCCGACAACGGCUGUCCUCUUAGUUUCACGGAACAAGGUGCAUGUGAAACUUUAGUGGGACCAUAGAGAAUGAUGACCAAGUAUGGUUUACAUAGAAAAAAUAGGUGCAGGAGUAGGCCAUUCGGCCCUUUGAGCCUGCACCGCCAUUUAUUAUGAUCACGGCUGAUCAUCCAAAUCAGAACCCUGCACCAGCCUUCCCUCCAUACCCUCUGAUCCCCCUAGCCACAAGGGCCGUAUCUAACUCCCUCAUAAGUAUAACCAAUGAACUGGCCUCAACUGUUUUCUGUGGCUAAGAAUUCCACAGAUUCACUACUGUCUGUGUGAAGAAGUUUUUCCUAAUCUCAGUCCUAAAAGGCUUCGCCUUUAUCCUCAAACCGUGACCCCUCGUUCUGGACUUUCCCAACAUCGGGAACAAUCGUCGUGCAUCUAGCCUGUCCAAUCCCUUUAGGAUUUUAUACGUUUCAAUCAGAUCCCCCCUCAAUCUUCUAAAUUCCAACGAGUACAAGCCCAAUUCAUCCAGUCUUUCUUCAUGUGAAAGUCCUGCCAUCCCAGGAAUCAAUCUGGUGAACCUUCUUUGUACUCCCUCUAUGGCAAGGAUGUCUUUCCUCAGAUUAGGGGACCAAAACUGCACACAAUACUCCAGGUGUGGUCUCACCAAGGCCUUGCACAACUGCAGUAGUACCUCCCUGCUCCUGUACUCGAAUCCUCUUGCUAUCAAUGCCAGCAUACCAUUCGCCUUUUUCACCGCCUGCUGUACCUGCAUGCCCACUUUCAAUGACUGCAAUGUUUGCAGGAAGUUAUCACAAAGUUGCAACUAACAGCUAAGAUCAAGGCUGCAGUAAUAUGGAGACAUUUUCCCCAACAGUAACCAGAUUUAUUCAGUUUACAAUUGAGGUGAAUAAUAACUCAGGCAUAUAUCAGUUACAGCUACAGUUUACUGUUUGAGGUUUUUAAUCCUUUUGUAAAUGAAUUUAUAUAUAAUUAUUUAAUGUAUAAUUAGAAAUAGUUUAUAGUUCAAGUGCAUAUGGUGCUUAAAUUAACAGAUACGUCAAGCAAAGGUCAGUGUACAGUAUAUGAUCUGUCCUUGAUUAGUUUGUUCUUUCGUUAUGUGCCACGUUGUGUGACUUGAAUGAUCAUAGUCCUUCCAUGACCAUGAUUGUUCUUGACCAAUUUUUCUACAAAUGUGGUUUUCCAUUUCCUCCUUUUGGGUAGUGUCUUUACAACAUGGAUGACCCCAGCCGUUAUCAAUACUCUUCAGAGUUUGUUUGCCUGGUGUUAGUGGUCAUGUAACCAGGACUUGUGAUGUGCACCAGUUGUUCAUACGACCAUCCACCACCUGCUUCCAUGGCUUCACAUGAGUGGAGGAGUGGGAUGGGCUAAGCAGGUGCUACACCUUGCCCAAGAAUGACCUGCAGGCUAGUGGAGAGAAGGAGCAUCUUACACCUCUUUUGGUAGAGACGUAUUUCCACCUCGCCACCCAGCAGUAGGGGUAUCAAAUGUUAUGGGGAGAAGGCCGGAGAAUGGGAUUGAGAGGAAUAAUAAAUCUGGAAUGAUGGGACAGACUGGAUGGGCUGAAUGGCCUAAUUUUGCUCUUGUGUCUGAAGCUCAUAUUUGGUAAUGGAUUAGGGAAACAUUUUAAUACUGCUUUGUGCCAAUCAUUUCUUGUACAGUCGACCUUCACUAAUCCAUCUACCUGUAAUCCGGUUUCUUUGAUAAUCCGGCAGUGAUUAUGCUUAAUAUGAUCCUUCUGUAAUUCGGCAUUUUCACUAAUCCGGCACUCCUCAGGUCCCAGUGGUGCCGGAUUAGUGAAGGUUGUCCUGUACAAUCAAUUGUGUAAAUCUCCACAACAAACCCUUGGGGGUUUUAAACUUCAGUACAUAAACUUUAGUUGAGCAAGGGUUUAAUGCAUGGUGGACUAGGAAUGUCUUUCAACUGUGAAUACCGUGUUUCUGUCCUUGAGAUGUUUAAUUUUCACAUAUUCAUACAUUUGCAUGCUUUCAGAAUGAUCCUUGCUGCCUAGCAUUGAAAACUAAAACCUUACCAUCUUGAGCAUGAAAUUGGGAAGGCUCUUAAAAAAUCUGACAUCAUUUAAGUUGGAUAGGUUUUGAAUAACAUUGAAUGCCAGAACUCAGCAAGUGAUUUUUUUUUUGAAAAACAUGAUUUAGAAUUCUUGUUGUGGAGCAGAAAGAUUCCGACACCUCCCUCCCCUUUCUAGAUCUUUCUGUCUCUGUCUCUGGAGACAGCUUAUCCACUGAUGUCUACUAUAAGCCUACUGACUCUCACAGCUAUCUGGACUAUUCCUCUUCUCACCCUGUCUCUUGCAAAAACGCCAUCCCCUUCUCGCAAUUCCUCCGUCUCCGCCGCAUCUGCUCUCAGGAUGAGGCUUUUCAUUCUAGGACGAGGGAGAUGUCUUCCUUUUUUAAAGAAAGGGGCUUCCCUUCCUCCACUAUCAACUCUGCUCUUAAACACAUCUCCCCCAUUUCACGUACAUCUGCUCUUACUCCAUCCUCCCGCCACCCCACUAGGAAUAGGGUUCCCCUAGUCCUCACCUACCACCCCACCAGCCUGCGGAUCCAACAUAUUAUUCUCCGUAACUUCCGCCACCUCCAACGGGAUCCCACCACUAAGCACAUCUUUCCCUCCCCCCCUCUCUCUGCAUUCCGCAGGGAUCGCUCCCUACGCAACUCCCGUGUCCAUUCGUCCCCCCCAUCCCUUCCCACUGAUCUCCCUCCUGGCACUUAUCCGUGUAAGCGGAACAAGUGCUACACAUGCCCUUACACUUCCUCCCUUAGCACCAUUCAGGGCCCCAAACAGUCCUUCCAGGUGAGGCAACACUUCACUGAGGUGAUAUACUGCGUCCGGUGCUCCCGAUGUGGCCUUUUAUAUAUUGGCGAGACCCGACGCAGACUGGGAGACCGCUUUGCUGAACACCUACGCUCUGUCCGCCAGAGAAAGCAGGAUCUCCCAGUGGCCACACAUUUUAAUUCCACAUCCCAUUCCCAUUCUGACAUGUCUAUCCACGGCCUCCUCUACUGUAAAGAUGAAGCCACACUCAGGUUGGAGGAACAACACCUUAUAUUCCAUCUGGGUAGCCUCCAACCUGAUGGCAUGAACAUCGACUUCUCCAACUUCCACUAAUGUCCCACCUCCCCCUCGUACCCCAUCUGUUACUUAUUUUUGUACACACAUUCUUUCUCUCACUCUCCUUUUUCUCCCUCUGUCCCUCUGCAUAUACCCCUUGCCCAUCCUCUGGGUCACCCCCCCUUGUCUUUCUUCCCGGACCUUCUGUCCCAUGAUCCUCUCGUAUCCCUUUUGCCUAUCACCUGUCCAGCUCUUGGCUCCAUCCCUCCCCCUCCUGUCUUCUCCUAUCAUUUUGGAUCUCCCACUCCCCCUCCAACUUUCAAAUCCCUUACUCACUCUUCCUUCAAUUAGUCCUGACGAAGGGUCUCGGCCUGAAACGUGGACUGUACUUCUUCCUAGAGAUGCUGCCUGGCCUGCUGCGUUCACCAGCAACUUUUAUGUGUGUUGCUAGAAAGAUUCCUCUAUUGGUUCUUGGUUUCACUAGUUAAGCGAUAUGAUGCCCAAAUUAGAUAAUCACCAGUCAGGGUAUCAUAUUCUGUUCAAUCUUACUAAGUUACCUUACUAGAUCUGGGCAACACAGUGAUGCAGUUAGUAGGGCCACUACCUUGAAAUAUCAGAGACCCCAGUCUGAUGUCUUGAGUAAUGUCCUUUUGACCGUGUGGGUGCUUCAGUGUCCUACAGGCCAGAGAUGUGUGGGUAGGUAAGUUAACUGGCUGCUUGUAUGAGGUCUGUGUGGUCACGUAGAAUCUGGGGGCGUUGAUAAAAAUGCGGUGUUUGGGGGCGGGGGGGGGGAAACCUACAGCACAAUACAGGCCCUUUGGCCCACAAAGCUGUGCCGAACAUGUCCUUACCUUAGAAAUUACUUAGGGUUACCCAGAGCCCUCUAUUUUUCUGAGCUCCAUGUACCUGUUCAGGAGUCUCUUAAAAGACCCUAUCGUAUCCGCCUCCUCCACCGUCACCAGCAGCCCAUUCCAUGCACUCACUGCUCUCUGUGUUUAAAAACAAAAACUUACCCCUGACAUCUCCUCUGUACCUACUUCCAAGCACCUUAAAACUGUACCCUCUUGUGCUAGCCAUUCCAGCCCUGGGAAAAAGCCUCUGACUAUCCACAUGAUCAAUGCCUCUCAUUUUAUACACCUCUAUCAGGUCACCUCUCAUCCUCCGUCGCUCCAGGGAAAAAAGGCCGAGUUCACUCAACCUAUUCUCAUAAGGUAUGCUCCCCAAUCCAGGCAACAUCCUUGUCAAUCUCUUCUGCACCCUUUCUAUGGUUUCCACAUCCUAUAGUGAGGUGACCAGAACUGAGCAUAGUACUCCAGGUGGGGUCUGACCAGGGUCUUAUAUAGUUGCAACAUUACCCCUCUGCUUCUAAACUCAAUCCCACGAUUGAUGAAGGCCAAUGCACCAUAUACUUUUUUAACCACAGAGUCAACCUGCGCAGCAGCUUUUAGUGUCCUAUGGACUUGCACCCCAAGAUCUCUCUGAUCCUCCACACUUGCCAAGAGUCUUACCAUUAAUACUAUAUUCUGCCAUCAUAUUUGACCUACCAAAAUGAACCACCUCACGCUUAUCUAGGUUGAACUCCAUCUGCCACUUCUCAUCCCAGUUUUGCAUCCUAUCAAUGUUCCACUAUAACCUCUGACAGCUCUACACUAUUCACAACACCACCAACCUUUGUGUCAUCAGCAAAUUUACUAACCCAUCCCUCCAACUCUUCAUCCAGGGCAUUUAUAAAAAUCACGAAGAGUGGGGGUCCCAGAACAGAUCCUUGAGGCACACCACUGGUCCCCAACCUCCAUGCAGAAUGUGACCCAUCUACAACCAACUUUUUAUGGACUGUUUAGAUAGGCACAUGAAUGUGAGGAAAAUGGAAGGGUAUGGACAAUUUGUAGACGAGGUUAAUAUUGUUAGCCAUUUCAUUACUAAUUUGAUUGGUUAGGCACAAUGUGUUUAUGCCACAAUAUUCUUGUGUCAAAGGCACUGUAUAAGUAGAAGCUGCUACUGUUGCUGUGAAUCACAGUUAGUUCAAUACUUGUGCUUGAAGAGGCAGGCUACAGUUAUUUUGUCUGCAUUCACUGGCCUUGGAUCAAAAGAUUACAGCCAGCUCAUUAUCUCAAGUACAUAAUGUAAAUUAUUUAAUUGGUAUUUAUAACUAAUUGUCAUUGCUAUGAACACAAGAGAUUCUGCAGAUGUUGGAAAUCCAGAGCAACACACAAAAUGUUAGAGGAACUCAGCGGGUCUGAACCAAAUCUGUGGUUACGGACCCCUUGGUCAAUAGUAGGAGUCCCUGCAUAAAAAAGGUUGAGAACCCCAGUGUUAAAGGGUUUUGGCCCAAAAUGUUGACUGUUUGUUCCUCUCCAUGGAUGCUGCCUGACCUGCUGAGUUCUCCAGCAUUUUACUGUGUGUUGCAUUUUUUUUAUGAAUGCAAUAAGUUCUCAAAUUCUGUAUAAUUUAAUCAUGUUUAGCUUCUAACUAGGUCAGACCUACUCAUCACAGCUAUUUAGAAACAAAAUUCCAUGGAGCUAUUUUAUCCUGAUUUAAUGGGAGCCCCAACCACAAUGUGAAAAGAACAGGUUUGCUUAUGACAUCUUCGAGAGGGGUCAUGAGAAUAAUCCCCAGAAUGAAAGGGUAAACAUAUGAGGAAUGUUUGAUGUCUCUGGGCCUGUACUCACUGGAGUUUAGAAGAAUGGCGGGGGGGAGGGAUCUAGGCUAUUGAAUAUUGAAAGACCUGGACAGAGUGGGAGUGGAGAGGAUGUUUCCCAUAGUAGGGGAGUAUAGAACCAGAGGGCACAACCUCAAUAGAAAGACAUCCCUUUGGAAAAGAAAUGGGGAAUUUGUUUAGCCAGAGGGUGGUGAGUCUGUGGAAUUCAUUGCUACAGACUACUGUGGAAGCCAAGUCAUUGGGUAUACUUAAAGCGGAGGUUGAUGGGUUCUUGAUUAGUAAGGGGGUCAAAGGUAAUGGGGAGAAGGCAAGAGAAGGGUGUUGAGAAGGAUAAUAAAUCAGCCAUGAUCAAAUGGAAUGGUUGAGCAGAAUGGAUGGGCCGAAUGGCCUAAUACUGCUCCAAUGUCUCAUAGUCAUGUAUAAUUUUUAAGAAAUAAAAUUAGCCAUGGGUGCACCAAAAUUGGUGCUUCUCAUUCUGGGUAAUUAACUGCUGCCAUCUGCUGUUCCUGGAGCCAAAAACAAGCAUCAAACCUUGCAAUUUUGAAUCAUAAUGCAGGCGAAUUUUUAAAGCUAGUCUCAGAUUUAAAAUAACAACAGCAGUGGAAUCAUUCAGUGGGUUAGGAAGGAGCAGUGGUGAGAGAAUGGGUUACAUUGCAGGUUUUUUCUGCAUUCUUUUCAGUGUUGAGGUUUUGAUAUUUAUUUGGUGUGUGCAAAGUUUAAUGUUUAGUGGUCAUGAAUAUAACAAAUGGCAUGAGAUCCUGAUGGUUUUAGCUCUGGUCCAGUGAAUGCAGAAAGGAAAUGUAAGCAGAUCAGGACUUUGAUGUAAUCAUAUUCCUAUAUGGAAUUGCAGAAUCAGAAUCAGGUUUAAUAUCACCAACAUAUGUUGUGAAAUUUGUUCAUCUUUGCAGCAGCAGUACAAUGCAAUACAUAAUAAUAGUAAAAAAAAACUGUGAAUUCCAGUAUAUAUUUAAAUUAGUACAAAAAUAGAAAUCAAACAGUAGUGAGGUAGUGUUCAUGGGUUCAAUGUCCAUUCAGAAAUCAGAUGGCAGAGGGGAAGAAGCUGUUCCUGAAUUGUUGAGUGUGUGCCUUCAGGCUCCUGUACCUCCUUCCUGAUGGUGGCAAUGAAAAGAGGGCAUGACCUACGUAAUGGAGUGGUGCUUAAUGAUAGAUGCCACCUUUUUGAGGCAUUGCUCCUUGAAGAUGUCACAGAUACUACAGAGGCUAGUGCCCUUGGUGGAGCUGACUGAGUGUACAAUUCUCUGCAGCUUACUUCAAUCCUGUGCAGUAGCCCUCUCCCCCCCCCCCCCACAACCAAGUACCCUCCACAUAUCAGAUGGUGAUGCAGACAGAAUGCUGUUGUGGGUACAUCUGUAGAAAUGUGAGCGUCAUUCACAUAUUCUGUUAUAUUCCUAUAUGGAAUCGCAAACUCACUCAUAUUCUAGAUAUUGAACAGAACUGAAGUCUCCCUCACUUCUGAACUCUUCAAGGAGUCCCACAGCAGAGCACAUGUUUAGUGAACAAACAAGAGAAAAUCUGCAGCUGCUGGAAAUCCAAGCAAUGCAUACAAAAUGCUGGAGGAAUCAGCAGGCCAGGUAGCAUCAAUGGAAAAGAAUACGUCGACAUUUUGGGCCGAGACUUUCGGCAGGACCCUUCGGUUGCACAUGUUUAGUGAGUCUUACCAAUAGAUCUGCUUACUGAUGCCAUUCCAGAUUAGACCCAGAGCAAGUUCCACAAGCCAAUUUACUACUUCAGUGAAGAGUGUGUAAGAAAACGCUUUGACAUUUUAUUAUUUUGUUUAUUGAUUUUUAAAAAUUUUUGGUAUUUUUAAAAUCAUUUUAACAGCUCUUUGACUGUUUCUAAAUAUCAGGUUUGACAGAAACAUGCGAGACUCUGCAAGUGCUGAAAGUUCGGGGUAACACACAAAAUGUUGGAGGAACUCAGUAGGUCAGGCAGCAUCUAUAGAAAGGAAUAAACAGCUGAUGUCUCAGAACAUUUCAUCUGGACACAUUCAUUCUUCUCCGUAGAUCCCAGCCUUUUUAUUUGCUGUAGACCACCUACCAUUGACCGAGAGGUCAAUCGACCCCAGGUUGGGAACCCCUGUAGAUGCUGCCUGACCUGCUAAGCUGCUGCAGUAUUUUGUGUUAUUACACAGCUUUGACAGAGUGCAGUUUGAGGUGUGCCUUUGGUAUGAGUUAAAUGUCAUCAUGCUGGUUUCUUGGCCCUUGCACAUGACCUAAUAACAGGAUUUGGGCUCCUGUUUAUCAGCUCCAGCAUGCACUCACUCAGGAGGAUUAAAACCAGGUAAGUGUGGGGCAGUGUUGAACAAACGAGCCAUAAGUGUGGGUGACUGGGUCCACCGAGCAUAAUAGUGGUAAAGAGAAAUAUAAGCUAUAAGGAAUAGAAAUAUUAAGCAGCUACCUUGUGAAUUGGAAAAGUUAAAUUUCAGUUCAAUAAUCUAUAAGGUCAAUAACCUGAAGUAUUGGCUGUCUCCAUAGCCACAUCCUGACCUACCAGGUAUUUCCAGCAUUCCUUCAUUAAAGCUCACAACAAAUCGGUGCGUGUGGAGCCUGAAUAAAACUGCAAAAGGUGUUUCAUGUGAAGUUUACAUAGAACUAAAGAAUUUUACCUGUAUAUCUUGUGUAGGGAUAGAGAUAUAUCAAAGUAAUGUUUAGAUCUCAAGGGAAGUCUUACAUGAUACAGCUGAGUAGAGAUUGUUUCAGGGUGAGAAGUUUAGUUGGCCUUAAAUAGUAUUGAGUAAUUUCAGUGCAUGUGUGUGUACACACUCAAAGUGAUGUUGUUAAGGUUUCCUUGCCCUGUUCAAACUUGAUUGCAUAUAUGUAUAAACACGAGGUUCUGCCGAUGCUGGAUAUCCAGAUUAAUACUCUCAAAAUGCUGGAGGAACUUAGCAGAUCUGGCCACAUCUAUAGAAAGGGGUGAAGAGCCAUUCGAGUCAAGGCCCUGGUGAAGGGUCUUGGCCCAAAAUAUCAACUCUUCAUUCCUCUCCAUAGAUUGUGGUCUGACCUCCUGAGUUCCUCCGGCAUUUUGUGUGUUCAUACAGUAUUUGUCUAGUUUCAUUCUGGUUUCUCUCCUCUCCCCCACCCCCCCCAAAAAAAAAACCUUGAAACUUUAAAGAUCAGGGCUGGAUGAAGCAUGCAUUAAAAAAGCAAGUGGUGUCAUUUAAAGCAUUUAAUUUUCAAAAAAGGUUGUAGGGUAAAAAGUGCAACUGGUAUGCUUGUAUAAUCAAAUGUAAUUAGCAGCUAUUAUUGAAACCAAUGUUUGGGCACAUUAAAGUAAUAUUCUCUUUAAUAACCAUUAUCUGCAUUAAAUAACAUUAAACUUGUUUUUAAAAGAUGAGUAUGUGUACUACUGGAAUUUGGGGGAGAUGUGCUAACAGACUGGUACCUCUCAGCACUCGAUUGUUCAGCUGAAUUAUCAUUCAGCUUGUGUGCAAGUUGUUCACUGGUUAUUUAUGCAACAUGUGUAAUUGUAAUUGGGAGUUUCAAAAGUGUGAAUUUUGCCCAUAUUUCAAACAUUGUAAGUGGUUUAAAAAACUUGAGCAUUCUGUUGUUCAUAUUUUGCUGCUGCUGCUGGUGCUUGUAUGUCAUUUGAUGAAAGAAAAAGGAUUCAUGAACUUGAUUGUAUCCAUGCCUGCUCUCUGGCUGCAAUUGGUCAUCUAUAAUUUAUACAUUUUUCAGGAAAAGAAAUAAACAUUAUUGUGC